AUGCAUGCGGUCCGUCCUUACCAUUUUCUUCGAAACACUCGUUUCGAGUGUCUAUCCUCCAUUAUCACACCUGUCUUCCCUUCCCCCUCCCCUUCCCCCUCCCUCCCCUUCCCCUUCCCCCUCCCUCCCCUUCCCCUUCCCUUUCCCCCCUCCGUUCUUUCCCCGCCCCCAAGAACUGUUCCAUCUUCUCUCCUGCCGUGGUCCGCUUUUCACCUCCUCUCCCCCCUCCCCUCCUCCCCCGCCUCCCCCCCCCCUCUUUCCCCGUCGCUCCCGCCUCGUCCUCCUUUCAACUCCCCCACCCUGCCCCUCCUUCCCCCCAGCUCCUUGCGGUUCCUUUCCCGUGAGAUGCUCUUCGAAACACCACAAACCGUUUUCUCUCCUGCCAUCCCUCGUCCCCGUCGUCCUCUGCCUUUCCUCCUUUCCCCCUUCCACCCUUUUCCUUUCGCCCUUCCCUUUCCCGCCUUCCCCCGUUCCCCCUUUUCCCCUUCCCCCACGGCCCAACCGUUCUCCUGCGCGGACCGCGAACCCCUCCGCGUGCUCGCCUCCGACCGACGAUGCGCGGCGACGGGCAACCUAUCGACCAAUCGCAACGCUCCGUGGCGGCGGUUCGUCCGUGGGGUCAUCGCACCGAACCAAUUUUGGCGCGCUUUAGGCGCGGUGGAGUCGCAGGUGCGCAAGCCAAUCAAGUACACGGUGGGGCUGGCGAAGAGCAAGUCCCCGUGGACGUGGGGCAUCUCCACCAUCGAGCCGCCCAUGAAGAUCUACGUCGGUGACGUGCUCGAGUUCAAGUGGGCGAGUGCCAACACAGUGGACGACGUGGUGCAGCUGUUCUCCAAGGCGGCGUGGACGAACUGCGACCUCUCGUCCAAGGCAGUGCGCGUUGCACCGCAGGCCAAGAAGGCGACGGUGGCGUACAAGAUCCCUGAUAAGUACCGCGGCAUGUGGGUCUACUUCGCUAGCUCCGCUGGGAUCGACUGCGCCAAGGGGCAGAAGUUCAAAGUGUUUGUUAACUAG